GGGGGGGGGGGGGGUGGGCGUGGGCGGGGCGGGACCCGGGAGGGACCCGGGCGCCCGGGAGGGACCCGCGAGUCCGGGCCAUGGGGCGGUCGCCGUGGGUCUGGGGUCGCCGCCGCGCCCCCCCCGCGCCCCCCCCCGCCGCCCCCCCGGAGGUGCCCGGGAGGGGCGGGCGCCCCCCGCUGCCGGCGCUGGGGGCGACGCUGGGGCGGCUGCUGGGGGCACUGGAGGCACUGGUGGCCCCGGGGGAGCGGGACCGGACCCGCCGCCUGGUCCGGGAGUUCGGGGCGCCCGGGGGGGGCCGGGCCCCGCCUGCAGGAGCGGCUGCGCCGGCAGCCCCCCGUCCCCCCCCGCCUGCCGGAAUGGCCGUGGGGCUCCAGCGAGCGGCUGCCGCUGCCCGUGCACACCAGUGCCGGACUGGUGCUGCCCCGGCAGGACUGGGAGGACUGGAGGGGGCAGCUGUGGUUCGCGGCUCGGCUCAUCGCAGGCGUCCUCGACUACCGGGCGCAGCUGGAGCGGCGUGACCCCCCUGAGCCGUGGGUGCAGGCAGCGUUCGGGGGGUGCCGGGUGCCGGGCCCCCAGCGGGACGAGGUGCUGCGGCUGCCCCCCGGUGCCCAGCCCCCCCCCUUCAUCACUGUCGUCCGCAACUGCCAGUUCUUCCAGGUGGAAGCAUGUGGGGGGGCGGGGACCCCCCUGCCACCGGCGGCGCUGGCAGCGGCCCUGGGGGGGCUGCGGGCGCGGACGGGGCGGGGCGGGGCCCCGCCCCUGGGGCUGCUGACCGGGCAGCACCGGCACGCCUGGGGGCGGGUCUACCGCCUGCUGAUGCGGGACCGACUGAACCGUGCCUCGAUUGGCCGGAUCCAGCGCAGCCUCUUCGCGCUCAGCCUGGACGCGCCGGUGCUGGCGGCCGCCGGGGGGCGGGGCCCGGGGGGCGGGGCCGCGCAGGUGCUGCACGGGGGCGGGGCCUGCGCCAACAGUGGCAACCGCUGGUUCGACAAGACCCUCCAGUUCAUCGUGGGGGAGGACGGGACCUGCGGGGUCGUCUACGACCCGGCCGUCAUCGACGGCGCCGUCGUUGCGGAGAUGGUCGACCACGCCCUCGACUGCUGCCGCCGCCCGGAGCCCAGCCCCGCCUCGAUGACAUCACUGCCCCUCCCCCCGCCCCAGCGGCUCCGCUUCAGCCUCGGCCCCGAAACCGCCCCCGAGGUGGAGCGGGCGAAGCGGCACCUGGACAGCCUGGCGGCGGACGUGGACGUUCACUGCUUCUCCCACGAGGGCUUCGGGGCGGGCGGGGCACUGCGGCCGGAGGCCAUCGUCCAGGUGGCCCUGCAGGUGGCCUUCUACAGGGCCCAUGGCUCCCUCUGCGCCUCCUGCGAGCCGACCUCCCUGCGCCACGUCCUGCCCGGCUGCACAGACCUGCUGCGCCCCCCCGGGCCCCCCUGCCUGGCCCUGGCCCGUGCCCUUGACGACCCCCAUGCGGAGCCGGAGCUGCAGCUGGCGCUGCUGCGCGAGGCCGUGGAGGCGCAGAGCCGGCGCACGCAGGAGGUCCUGGCCGGGCAGGGCGCCGAGCGGCACCUGCAGGGGCUGCGGCAGGCGGCCAUCGCGGCGGGGGAGCCGCUCCCCGAAAUCUUCAUGGACCCGGCCUACGCCCUCGCCACCCACUUCCGCCUCUGCACCGUGCAGGUGCGCUCCCGCGAGGGCUGCUGGCUGCUGCGGGGGCCGCUGGUGCCCGACGGCUAUGGGGUGGGGGUGGGGCACGUGGCCCCCCCAGACCCCCACGACCCCCCCGGCCCCCCCGGGGGUCUGCGUGUGGCCGUCACCGCCUUCGCCUGCUGCCACCAGACCGAGGCCGCCCGCCUCGGGGCUGCGCUGCAGGGAGCCCUCGACAGCCUCGGGGGGCUGCUGCGCCGCCACGGCCCCCCCUGAGGUCUCCAAGCCCCCCCCCCCCCGCGGCACCCCCCCGAGCAACACCGGCCCCUGGGUGAUCCCCAGUGACCCCUGACCUUACCCCUACCCCCCCAAAUCUGGGGGGACCUCCCCUCCCACCUCCCCAGGGUCGCCCCUGCAAUCCCCCAACACUCCCAGGGUCCCCCACGGCCCCCCCCUGGACCCCCACCACUCCCUAGGGCCCCCCCGGGACUGGCCCCAUUGGGCCAAGGUGACUAUUUUGGGCCAAACCCGGCUGUUCUGGGUCACUGCAAACGUCAAUAAAGUCUCUUGUGGCCUCGCUGA